AUGUACACUGUUCGAGGUUUAGGAGGAAAAGUCAGAAAAGAAGCGGCACAUCGAGAAGGGUCGUUUCAGCGUGACGUUCGAGAAGUUCGCAGUGGACAAUCCGAGCGGAUGCGAGGCCAAGCGAAGUACCAUGGAGAACCUGGAUCUGCGCGGCGAUUAAUGGAAGUAUUUCCAAAAGCUUAUCGCAUUGACUUAUGUCGAGGUUAUUGCUCGAAAUCUAUGGAAAGCGCUUUUAUUUCAUUGGAAAUCCAAGUUUCUUUCAUUUCACCGAACAAUUAUAAUUUGCAAUUUAAAGGCGAACCGUUAUGGAUAAAUUUGUUGAUGAAGGCAGCGAAAAAAUCUGAUAAUGUGCGAGUUUUUCUAACGAAUACGUGGAAGGAAACUUUUGAACGUCGCUAUCCAAUGUUAGCGAAAUUUGAUAUGCAUUUUAAUGAAGUGGAUUCUAUUUAUGAUAUUGAUUCAGUUAAAUUAGAAAGUGAUGGUAAUCGACGUUUGGCAUAUUUUAUUGAUUCCAUCGAUCGCGAUUUUUUGGAUUUCGGUGAAAAAAUCGUAGCGCAUCUCGCCCAGUUAUCCAGAAAAAAUUUGGUUGUAACUCGUAUUUACUCUGAUGUUGUUUCUAAUGAUGGCUGGAAAAGUCUUAUAUCGAUUGCCAAUACCACUAUGGUGCUUUAUUCGGAUGAAAAAGAACGCUGCAUAUGUUCAUGGACUCACUUUAAAAAAAGUGGUGAUCGGCAAUCAAAAAAGGAGUUUUUAACCUUCGAUAAUUGUUUAAAUCUCCAUUGUUCACCUUAUUUACCAUCAGCGACAUCAGAAAAGACUAUUGGCCAGAUGGCACCUACAACAACUUUCGACAUGGGCUUAUCGUUAAGCAAAGCAGAGCAUAUAGCUAAAGAAUCUGUAAAACUUCCAUAUCUAAUGGCACAGGAUGAGAAGAUGUUGGCUGAAAUGGAUAUUAGUUCAAAUAAAAAAAUUCGUGCUGGUGGCCGUAUAAUUUACACUCCUGACGAACGUGAUGAUUUCGAUGAUAGUGAUCUAGACGAUGAUCUUGAAAUCUGA